AUGGCAGCAAACACUUGGCUUGUGACCGGUGCUUCCUCUGGUCUUGGAACAAAAAUCGCCGAAGUGGCUUUGAAAGCCGGCCAUAAAGUGAUUGCCACAGCUCGUAAUCCAACAAAAGCAGCAGCACAAAACCCUCAGAUCGAACAGCUUGGCGGUACAUGGGUCCAACUCGAUGUAACAGAAAGCGAGACAACAGCGAAAGUGACCGACGCGAUAAACCAGGCCGGCGGGAGAAUCGAUGUAGUCGUCAAUAAUGCUGGAUACUCGCUGCUGGGCAGCAUCGAAGAUAUGAGCGAGGACGAGAUCUCCACACAGUUCAGCACAAAUGUUUAUGGCCCUGUUCGUGUACUAAAAGGUGCUCUGCCAUUUAUGCGGGCACAACGAUCAGGGACGGUCGUCAAUAUCAGCAGCAUUGCUGGAUUAGAUGGACUACCUUCGUGUGCCAUGUAUGCCGGGACCAAGUUUGCUCUGGAAGGUGAGAGGUCUUUAUAUUCAACAAGACAAGGAUGUAUAUCCACAGUGAAUUUUGAGCAAUCUUUUAACCAGUCCACACAUUUAGGCAUGUCGGAAAGCCUUUCAAGAGAGCUAGCACCAUUCGGCAUCCGUGUACUCAUCGUCGAACCAGGUGCCUUCCGUACCCAAUUCUUGGCUGCCUUAGUUGAGCCAGCUGCGAGAAUGAACAAGGACUAUGUUGACACGCCAUUGGAGUAUGUUCUCAAUAAGUUUCGAUCGGCCGAUGGAAACCAACAAGGGGACCCUUUCAAAGCGGCCCAGAGGAUUGUGGAAGUUGUGUCAGGUACAGGCAUAGGCGCUGGAAAGGGCAAUUUGCUUCGAUUACCGCUUGGUCCAGAUUGCUACCAGCGAUUUCAGGCGAAAAUCGAAAAUAUGCAGGAGAAUUUAGCGCAGGUAAAGGAGAUUGCGCACUCAACUAGCCAUGAAUAG